UGUUUGUUUCCGAUUAGGAAGGAGCUCAGUCCGGGAGCUCCUUCCUCGAAGGCCUUAGUUGGGGGGGUGCGCCCGACAAGCGGGCGAGGCGGCAUUCGGCGGCGUUCCGUCGAGGGGGCCAUAGUGUCAGCGGUGGCCCCGCUGGUAGGGGGGUACUCCCGGGACUGCUCCCGGCUGGGUUGCAGCUGCAGCAGCAGCGUCUUUGGGCCUCUUCAGCGCGGCGUCGGCACUCGGCUUCCUGGGCGUGGUUCUCCUUCUGGGCGUUUGCCCUUUUGGUUUGUGGGGUAUUUGGGGGGUUUCCAUCAGCCUGGGUGGCUGGGCAGCGGCCCCUUUUCCGUUCCCUGGAGCACUACUUUUGAUGCCAACAUUCUUUUAUUUGUUUGGUGGGUAGCAGGUGGGUGUUUGUGCUCAUCGGUGCCCUGGUGGGCCUGGCCUGGUUGAGAGUCAAAAGGCCUUUUCAAGCCUUCUCCUUGGGUGGGGGGCUCUGGUGCUUUCCUGGAUAGGAUUGAGUAUUGUUUUUGAUUCAGGACAAGGGCUUGGCUUUUGUUCUAUAUCCUUGCUACCUUCAUUCUGUGUGUGGUUGGCGCUUUUUUUUUCUCCAACCCCUUUUGGAAUCCCACUAUUUGGAGGCAGUAUGCCGGGGAAGGCCAAGGGCAAGAAAGGGGGGCGCCCUGUUAAGCAGCCCAAGAGGCCUGCUCCCCCGCAGUCCUCCUCGGAGGAUGAGGAUGAGGAGAUGACUCUGAUACGGGGGUUAAUUAAUAGGAUGGAAGCUUUAGAGAAAGCAAAAGCAGCCCCCUCCGACAAAGGUGCGGGUCCUUCAGGUGUGGGGGGGGUGCCUCCUCCUAAGGUCCCUCGGAGGACCAGGGGUUCUGUGAAAAGCCAGCUGCUAACUUCUCUCUCUAGUAGGCUGGCUGCGCUGGAAGAAGGGCUGAACCCUGCUGGACCGGGCCCUUCUGCUCCUGCGUUACCGCUUCCUGAACCUGAGUCUCCAGUUCCGGAGUCGCCUUCACCAUUGCUACCUCCGCCUGCGGCACCAGUUGUUCAGCCUCCAGUGGAUACGGCUACUCCUUUGGCCCAGGGUGCUGGCGGGGCGGCGGUCCCGGUCCGAGUCCUGAUGUGUGGCCAUUCGUUGGUCUUCUGGGCUUUCAAGCGGGCCAGCACCACCCGCUGGGGAUCCCAGUUGGGUUUAGGAAGCAAGGCUUCAGUUUAUUGGUUGGGCAUGAGGGGCAUGCUCUGGAAUCAGUUGCUUCCAGCAUUGAGGGAGCAUUUAGAUAGGUUUCCCAUUCCCGACAUCCUGGUUCUUCAUUUAGGGGAGAAUGAUUUGGGCCGGCGGCCUGGCCUCGCCAGCCUUCAGCAAGCCUCCUCGGAUUUGUCUAUGUUGCGCAGCUGGAUGCCUGGCGUGCGCAUAAUAUGGGUUAAUUGGCUCCAGCGCAGGGUGUGGCGGGGUGCUCAUUCUUGCCUUAGCUUGGAAAAGGCACGCAGGAAGAUUUCAGCCGCAAUAGGUAAAGUGGUUUUGGCGGCCGGGGGGUCUGUGGUGCGGCAGCCAGAUAUAGCUGCUCGCUUUCCCGAGUUAUUCCGCCCUGACGGGGUCCACCUGUCUGAGAAAGGUUGUGAUUUGUAUCUGCAUAAUAUCCGGGAAGUGCUUGCUGAAGGUUUGGAGGGGGUGGGGCAGGAAGGUCAAGCGAGGGCUAACCUUCCUGGGUGGCGGUAACAGUGCGGGCUGUGGGUAAGGAGGUCUAGAUUUCGGUGAGCACCCUUGGACAUUUUAAGGUGGAUUGGUCAAUUGCUUCCUUGUGGCCUGUGCGGCACGGGAAGAAUUACAUUGCCAAGAAACCUGCUUCAGGACUUCACCUACCUUUGGGCUGUGCGGUCCGGGGAGGUAAAGAUCUGAAGCUGUCCAGAUCCCCUCUUCUAAAAGGGGUGGUUGGCUUUGAAGGAAUUGGGCGGGAGCUACCUGCCUCUUUCCUGAGCCAGGGUGUGUCGCCCUUGCAGGCGAUGGGUAGGACGUUUUGAAUCCUAGCCCACGCCUAGGUGCCCGCACUGUUUUUAUGUUGGUGAUUAAUCACCUUGUUUCCAGUCCGCCACAAAUGUUGUUAUAUUAAUAAAGCGUGGCCCGUUUCUCCCAUUAAAAAAUGUCUCUGUGUCUUCUUGGGCUGGGGUCUGGGUACAAUCCCCCUCCCCUUGCCUCGUGCAAGUGGGAGGGUGUUUGUCCCAGCCCGGGACUCACAAGCCCAAGAAGAAGCCUGAUUGGUUGGCUGGCUCGUGGUGGGCGGGGCUUGCUGAGAGGCCGAGCGUUUCCCCGCUCUGG